CUCUCAGAGCGUCAGCUUCGGCCGGAGGCGGCGUGCGGGCGGCGGGCGGAGGAGGCGCGCGUGCUCUUCUGUGCGGUGACUGAGAAUGAUGGAUCAAGCCCGCUCAGCCAUCUCUAACUUGUUUGGCGGAGAACCAUUGUCAUACACCCGCUUCAGUCUGACUCGGCAAGCGGACGGCGAUCACAGUCAUGUGGAGAUGAAGUUAUCUGCCGACGAGGAGGAAGUCACGGAGAAUCACACCCAGGGUCAUCAUGCCACUGUCGCAAAACCAAAACGAUGGAACGGCUAUAUCUGCUAUGGGACCAUCGCUGUCAUCAUCUUUUUCUUGACUGGCUUUAUGGUCGGCUAUCUGGGCUACUGUAAACGUGCCGAGACGAAGGCUUCAUGUGAGCCGCAGGUGGCAGCAACCACUCCAGACCCCAGCAUCUCAGACUCGGAUGACCUCUUGGAACCGCGAGCACCCUCGCGCCUGUUUUGGGGAGACCUCAGAGCAAUGCUGUCGGAUAAGCUGACAAAGACAGAUUUUAUCAAAGCGAUCAAGGAGAUGAAUACACAUGUUCCUGGGUUGGCUGGGUCUCAGAAGGAUGAAGAACUUGCCGUUCUCCUCAGAGAUCGCUUCCAUACGUACAAACUCAGCGACGUCUGGCUCGAUGAGCAUUUUGUUAAGCUUCAGGUCAAAGGCAGCUCUCGGAACUCGGUGACCAUACUGAAUGCAGACAGUGACAUGUCCCUUCUAGUCAUGAACCCCGAGGGCUACGUGGCCUACAGUAAAGCUACGACAGUGACUGGUACACUGGUCCAUGCUAACUUUGGCACUGAAAAAGACUUUGAGGAUUUAGACACUUCUGUGAAUGGAUCUAUAGUAAUUGUUAGAGCAGGAAAAAUCCCAUUUGCUGAAAAGGUCGCGAACGCUGGGAAGCUGGAUGCGGCCGGUGUUUUGAUCUACAUGGACCAUAGCAGGUUCCCCGUUGUCAAUGCGGACCUCGCGCUCUUUGGACAUGCGCACCUGGGCACAGGGGACCCCUACACGCCUGGAUUCCCUUCCUUCAAUCACACUCAGUUCCCGCCCUCGCCGUCGUCGGGGUUGCCUGAUCUUCCUGUGCAGACCAUCUCCAGGUCCGACGCAGAAAAGCUCUUUGAGCACAUGGAAAGACAGUGUCCUUCGGCCUGGGGGACUGACGGCACGUGCAGGCUGCAUUCUUCGCAGAGUAAGAAGGCAAAGCUCACCGUGAGCAACGUGCUGAAAGAGACGAGGAUCUUUAACGUCUUUGGGGCCAUCCGAGGCUUCGAGGAGCCAGAUCGCUACGUGGUGCUAGGAGCGCAGCGGGACUCCUUGGGCCUGGGAGCCGCAAAGGCCAGUGUGGGAACGGCUCUCCUGUCGGAACUUGCUCGGGUGUUCUCCCAGAUGGUCUCCCAAGGGUUUAGGCCCAGCAGAAGCAUCGUCUUUGCCAGCUGGAGUGCCGGUGACUUUGGAGCCGUUGGUGCGACCGAGUGGCUCGAGGGAUACCUUUCAUCCUUGCAUCUGAAGACCUUUACUUACAUUAACCUGGAUAAAGCUGUCCUCGGUACCAAGAACUUCAAGGUCUCUGCCAGCCCACUGCUGUACUCGCUUAUUGAGAAGACUAUGCAGAGUGUGAAACACCCACGUUCAAGACUUCCGCUGUAUCGGGACAGCAACUGGGUCAGCAAAGUAGAGAAACUUUCAAUUGAUAAUGCCGCCUACCCUUUCCUGGCAUAUUCUGGGAUCCCAGCAGUUUCUUUCAGUUUUUGUGAGGACACAGAGUACCCCUACCUAGACACCCCCAUGGACAGCUUUGACCUGCUGAUACAGCAGGUGCCUCUGCUGGACAACGUGACGCGGGCAGCAGCGGAAGUGGCCGGACAGCUUGUGGUCAAGCUUACUCACGAUGUGGAACUGAGCCUGGAUUAUGAAGCCUAUAAUGGCAAGAUCCUGGAGUUUGUGAGGGACAUGAGCCAGUUCAGAGCAGACGUAAAGGGUAUGGGUCUCAGUCUGCAGUGGCUGUACUCUGCUCGAGGAGACUUCUUCCGGGCUACGUCCAAGCUAACCACAGACUACAAGAAUGCUGAGCUGACGAACAGAUUUGUCAUGAGGGCCAUCAAUGACCGCAUCAUGAAGGUGGAGUACAGCUUCCUCUCACCCUACGCAUCUCCGCGAGAGUCGCCUUUCCGACACAUCUUCUGGGGCUCUGGCUCCCACACUCUGGCGGCCUUGUUGGAGAACUUCAAGCUGCGUCAGAAGAACAGCAGCACUGUGGAUGACACCAUGCUAAAAGACCAGCUGGCACUGGCCACCUGGACGAUUCAGGGGGCCGCCAACUCUCUGUCUGGUGACAUCUGGGACAUUGACAAUGAGCUGUAGACGGGGAGCCCUUAGUUCCCACCAGGACCGCGGGGUGCUGUGGUGUUUAGACUGGUCUUGCUCCAUUUUCUGUAGGGCUACAAAAUUUGAUGUCGUUAAGAUUCUACCCAGUCAUCUCUUGGUACUUCUAGAUACAGCAGCAACUUUACUCCAGGGUAGUGCCUGCACUUUACGUUAAAGUUAACAACCACUUAUGAUUGCUUGUGAUAGAAAGUCUCCUAAGUUCCGUAAUAUAACUGCCUCUUUCCUGUUUGUCAUGAGAAGUCAGGCUAGUAUUCACAUCCUGAAGGCAUGAAUUGAUAUACUUGAGUAGGGUAAGGUGGUGGAUUCUGGAGAAGGUCACAGAGCACCACAGUGUGAUCCUCCACCUUCGUUAGAUGGGAGGUCGAGAUGCCAGGUUGUGGUGCUCUGUCCUCCUAGGGGGUGUCCUUCCUUCAGGAUGUAGCUGGUGUCCACGUCCUUGAGGGACAGUGCUGAUGAGAAGAGAGAGUUGGCAUCACUUCCUUGCCGAUGAGGGAGGGCCUUCAGUGGGAGAGGGAGACCAGAAGCCAAAGACUUAGGCUUGUUUUCUCCCCUUUGUCCCUUGAUACACAGGAUUUUGUUCAGUUUUUGUUGUUUCCAAAGUACUUUGAGAGUCAGUUACAAAUGUUUAAUUUCAGAUUCAGUUUGUCAGACUUAACACACUGCCAAAUUUUGGCCAAAGUGUUUUUUUUUUUUUUAAGCUUUCUAUCAUUUUGGCACUGAAAUAUUUAUUGUUUAUUUAUCAGUGACAGAGUUCACUAUAAAUGGUGUUUUUUUUAUAGAAGAUAAUUAUCGGAAGCAGUGACUUCCAUAAUUAUGACAGUUAUACUGUCGUCUUUUUUUUAAAUAAAAGCAGCAUCUGCUAAUAACCCAACAGAUACUGGAAGUUUUGCAUCAAUGGCAGCGCCCUGAGGGUUCCAGAAAACAACCGCGAGCCAAGUGAGGUGAAACAGUUGAACUAUCGGAGAACUGCAUGUUGGGGUGUUAGCCCACCAAGUCAGACCUCUGUCCAGCCAGCUGGACGGAAGUGCAGUUCUGGGGGUAACGGAGAACCUGCGGUCCCUUUUACCAAGGGCGACUGGGUUCUGACUGCAAGGUUUCCAGUACUUUGUGACCAGCCUAACUCACAUUAUCGGGAGCAGCGCCUUCCAUAGUGUCUAAGAACAUGGUAGCUUUUGCCUACCACAGCGUCUGUAUCGGAGACAGUGGUCUCCACGUCACACGAGGUGUACAUGAUUAUCGGGGGCAGUGUCUCCCAUAAUCCUCUUCACGCCACGACAUCUGCGCCUGAAGAUCGUUAGUAUCUAACACGUAUUCUCAGCUCCUGGAGUGCUGGAGCUGUCUUUUUAGUUGCAGGAGCAUUUUUGUGGUGAUGACAGCAUUAGGCAGGUUCAGCCGUUGUGAAGCAGGCGGCUUGCUUUCUUGGAGAAUGCUUUGUCGCGUAGUUGCGUUCAGUCUGUUAGUAGGAUAGUAGCACGCAUACACUUGCUGUGGGCAGAUGACUUGAACUCCUCCCCUUAUCUGCAUGUUUUCUCCUAUAAACUUAAAGUUUUUACAAGCUGGAAUCAGAACAGACCUUUGACUUAAAGCAGGGAAACGGCUGGGGGGCCGGGCCGUGGGGAGACAUCUUGGCCUGUGCGUAUGCAGGGUGGCCUGUGCUGCCAGCUGGGGCGGUGGCCACACGGGGCUGGGGGGCUUAGUGCCACUCAGCUCGGCUAAAGUGGGUCCAGAGUUCCCUCCUCACCGUGCGCUGACGUCACCGUCCCCCAGUUCACUCACAGGUGUGAUGACCCUGUUGGCAAGUCCUACUCCAGAUCCACUGCCCUGAAGACCCGUUGUCCUCUGUCUUAGCCCCUCAGGCCCUGCCUGCAGCUCCCUGCCGCAUGUUCCCCUUCCCAGGUACCAGCUAGUUUGGGUCAGAGGGGCCCCACUUCCAGUUGACAUUUGACCGCUUCUUUGUGUCUCUCCUGCUUUGGUAGCUCUUUAUAAUGCUGAGUGCUAGGCCCUUGGCUGGAUGUGGCCUGUCGUCCAUUUCCCUUCGGGGGUCCUGGCUGCAUCCAGGCUCUGGUGAUCGUGAAUAAAGCCGAGUUAAACAAUG